AUGUCAACCAAUACGAUUUACCCAAAGAGAAAAUUAGAAUCAGUGCCAUUUCAAGGUCAACUUGACUUUAUUGAGAAGGCAAACAGAACCAAGGGUCAAUAUCAAACAUUCCAUAGAUAUCACAAUAAUAAUAACAACAACUCAUAUAACCAUGGUGUCAACAACAAUAACAACAAUCACCAUCAUCACCACCAUAACAACAACCAUAACCAUCACCAACAUUAUUUACAACAACAACAACAAAACAAGUAUGCAUUAGCAGCUGUUGCAGCAGCUGCAGCAGUCCAACAUCAGCAACAGCAAACCUAUUUGUUGCAAAAACAACAAGCUCAACAAGCAGCUUUAGCCCAGCAAAAGCAGCAGCAACAGCAGCAGCAACAACAACAACAACAAAACUCACACUACAUGUCUUACCCAUCCCAGUCCCACGUUUAUGCGCAAACACAACCGCCUCCACAAGUUUUUGCCGAUGUUCCUAUGGAAAAGACUAAUUCUGCUACAAUUAGUUCAUCCAACCAAUCUGUUAACAAUGCGCCAUAUGACUUGAAAACAAACUUUAUGUUGUAUAAUGGGAGCUCAACUUCGAUUUCAUCACCUACUAAUAGCCAGUUUGGUAGUAGUAAGCAAAAUUCCACCUCAUCUCAGUCUUCAUCUGCGACCACAACUACUGCUACUUUUACAACCAAAUUGUUUGAUAACCAUCCGGGUAGUUCUGCAAACAAUUCUCCAGUUUUGUUGCCACCAAAUUCUAACAAGAAUAGUUCAUCAUCUCCACCAAACUUAUUUUUGUCAACUUCCAAUAGAGGUGCAGGUACAGGAUCACCUUUAUUGAGUGCCAAUCUUACCCCUACCACUACAACUUUUUUGAAUUCACCAUCCUUGGUGCCAGUGGGAGGAUCUGGAUCAAACACCUGGAACGUCGGAGUUUCUACACCUACUACUACAAGUUCCAUCUGGGGUACUAGAUCAUCCGGAACUUCUACAACUUUGACACCAACUCCAAUCGCAAAGUCUGGAAGUAACAUCAUGUCGGGCUUUGGUAGUUCGAAUUUAUGGUAA